AUGAUCCCCUUCUCCAUCCUCUACGUCGCCGCCGUCAUGCUCACCUCCCUGUGCACCGAGUACUACCAGUUCCUCCUCGCCCAGGGCAUCCUCGGCGGCCUCUGCAUCGGCAUGCUCUACACCCCCGCCAUCUCCAUCCUCGGCCACUACUUCCAGCGCCGCCGCGACCUCGCCAUCGGCAUCUCGUCCGCCGGUUCCCCCCUCGGCGGCGUCAUCUUCCCCAUCGCCCUCAACCGCUUCCUCGAGCACACCGACCUCGGCUUCGGCUGGUCCCUGCGCAUCAUCGGCUUCCUCAUGCUCCUGCUGCUCGCCGUCGGCUGCCUCACCCUGGUCCCGCGCAUCUCCCCCCGCUCCGGCCCGCAUUUCCUCCCCGCCGCCUUCACCAAGCCCGUCUACUCCCUCCAGGUCGUCGGCUACUCCGUCAUCUUCUGGGGUCUCUACACCCCCUUCUUCUUCCUCCCCGCCUACGCCACCGCCCGCGGCGUCCACGCCGACUGGGCCUUUUACAUCAUGCCCAUCUACAACGCCGGCUCCGUCGUCGGCCGCCUCGUCGGCUCCCGCCUCACCACCCGCCUCGGCCGCUUCAACACCCUCGUCGCCGCCAUCUUCAUCUCCGCCAUCCUCGAGUUCUGCUGGCUGGCCACCACCAACCUGGGCGGCCUCAUCGCCUUUGCCGUCCUCUUCGGCAUCUCUUCCGGCGCCAUCAUCGGCCUGUUCCCCGCCACCGUCGCUAUGACCGCCCCCCACGCAAACCAGAUCGGCACCUAUCUGGGCAUGAUGAUGGGUGCCCUGGGCGUGUUUUGCCUCACGGGGUCGCCCAUGAUGGGCGCCAUCGUCAGUCGCUACGGGUUCACGCCCGCCAUUGCGUUUAGCGCCGCGCUGAUCGUGGUCGGUGGGUGUCUGAUCUUGGCUGCGCGGUUGUGUCAUUCGAAAGCGCUGGUGUCGUGA